AAUGCUCAACAGGUCACACCCUUCUUCCCUUCUCCUCUGUCUUUACCUAGAUUCCAUCAGCCAUGGCGGUCUCUGGCACAUUCAUCAGACCAAAUCAGUACUUCUCUUCAUGUGUCAAUACCCCAAGUCCAAGAUUAAACCCCAGUUGUAGAAAACAGUUCUGUUUAAAGGCUUCAGCUGGGAACACAGACGGCGAGGAGCGCAAGUUGACUAGAAAGGAGGCAGAUGGAGGGCGGAAGAUCGAGUACACUGCAGAGAAACCAGCCACGCCAUUGCUGGACACAAUCAAUUACCCAGCUCACAUGAAGAAUCUAUCAACAAAGGAUCUCGAGCAAUUAGCAGCAGAGAUCAGAACGGAUAUUGUUCACAGUGUUUCAAAGACAGGCGGGCAUCUGAGUUCUAGCUUGGGUGUCGUGGAGCUAUCAGUGGCACUGCAUCACGUGUUCAGCACCCCUGAGGAUAAAAUCAUAUGGGAUGUUGGUCAUCAGGCUUACCCUCAUAAAAUUCUCACAGGAAGGAGAUCCAAAAUGCAUACAAUGAGGAAAACUUCAGGUCUUGCAGGAUUUCCGAAAAGGGAUGAGAGUGUUCAUGAUGCUUUUGGUGUUGGGCACAGUUCUACAAGCAUAUCUGCGGGUUUAGGCAUGGCGGUUGCAAGAGACCUACUAGGGAAGGACAACAAUAUUAUUUCAGUGAUUGGAGAUGGGGCCAUGACAGCAGGACAAGCAUAUGAAGCCAUGAACAACGCAGGAUACCUCGACUCUAAUCUGAUUGUUAUACUGAAUGACAAUAAGCAAGUGUCUUUACCCACCGCCACCCUUGAUGGUCCUGCGACACCAGUUGGAGCCCUCAGCAGCGCUCUAACCAAACUCCAAGCAAGCACCAAGUUUCGAAAACUUCGAGAAGCUGCAAAAAGCAUUACAAAGCAAAUAGGAGGACAAACUCAUGAAGUUGCAGCAAAAGUAGAUGAGUACGCAAGAGGAAUGAUUAGUACUUCCGGUUCCACUCUCUUUGAGGAGCUUGGAUUGUAUUAUAUUGGUCCAGUAGAUGGUCACAAUGUUGCAGACUUGGUUAACAUUUUCCAGAGAGUGAAAGCCAUGCCCGCCCCUGGGCCAGUUUUGAUCCACAUCAUGACAGAGAAAGGAAAGGGCUACCCCCCAGCCGAGGCAGCAGCUGAUAGAAUGCACGGGGUUGUCAAGUUUGACCCACCAACUGGCCAGCAAUUCAAGACCAAAUCUCCUACACUUUCAUACACUCAGUACUUUGCUGAAUCUCUGAUAAAGGAAGCUGAAACAGAUGACAAGAUAGUAGCGAUCCAUGCAGCAAUGGGUGGCGGCACUGGUCUAAAUUACUUCCAGAAGAGGUUUCCAGAUCGUUGCUUUGAUGUCGGGAUUGCUGAGCAACAUGCUGUCACAUUUGCAGCAGGUUUAGCUGCAGAAGGUCUCAAGCCAUUCUGUGCUAUUUACUCAACAUUCCUGCAACGAGGAUAUGAUCAGGUGGUCCAUGAUGUAGAUCUUCAGAAACUACCAGUACGCUUUGCCAUGGAUCGAGCUGGAUUGGUUGGUGCAGAUGGUCCCACUCACUGUGGAGCAUUUGAUAUCACAUACAUGGCAUGCUUGCCCAACAUGGUGGUUAUGGCUCCAUCUGAUGAAGCUGAACUGAUGCACAUGGUCGCCACUGCAGCAGUUAUAGAUGAUAGACCAAGCUGCUUCAGGUUUCCAAGAGGCAAUGGUAUUGGAGCAGUUCUUCCUGCUUUUAAUAAAGGAACUCCAAUUGAGAUUGGCAAAGGACGAAUACUGAUGGAAGGCAGUAGAGUCGCGAUUUUGGGAUAUGGUUCCAUAAUUCAGCAAUGUGUGGGAGCAGCAAACAUGCUGAAAACCAGGGAUAUAUCUGUGACAGUCGCAGAUGCAAGGUUUUGCAAACCUUUGGAUACAAAGCUAAUCAAGCAAUUAGCCAAGGAGCAUGAAAUUCUUAUUACAGUAGAAGAAGGUUCAAUUGGAGGUUUUGGAUCUCAUGUAUCACACUACCUAAGUUUGAGUGGCAUUCUAGAUGGACCACUCAAGUUAAGAGCAAUGGUACUUCCUGAUAGAUACAUUGAUCAUGGAGCACCCCAGGAUCAACUUGAAGAAGCAGGCCUCUCAUCAAGGCAGAUCUCAGCAACAGUAUUAUCUCUAUUAGGGAGGCCAAAAGAAGCUCUUCAGUUGACAUGAGUACAAGUGGACUCAUUAGCGUUGCCAAGAUAGCUGUAUAUAUCAAUUAAAUCAGCUAUCUGGAUUACGGAGAAGAUGUGAACCCCAACUGCAAAGAGGCCACUUGGGGUGCUCAUCAUUAGAGGCUAUCUCGAGAUCUCUACAACACAGGAUCACUCAUUUAGGAAUCAGAUAGGAACAAUCAGUGUAUACUUGGUGCUUAAGUUUAUCACAAAUAUUACAAUAAGGAAAAUAGCAGGAAACUUGAAACAACCCAAUCAAAAUAUUUCUUUGUCACUCUGUACUAGCUUAUCAGUCAAUUUCGUUAAUUUCAAACUUCA